UGCUCCCUUCCAGAUCAUCGAAACGCAAAAACUCCUCCUGUCAGCCAAAUCAAUCGUAGCUACUACACCUCUCGCGUAACUCUAGCAGCUAUGGCAUCCUCCUUCUCCAAGGUGGUCGCAGCACUUAUUGGUGCGCUCAUCUUCUCCCUCCUUGUCACGUAUGGCUCGUGCGCUACACCGGCCAACUUCACCGCCUCCGACUUCACCGCCGAUCCCAACUGGGAGGCUGCCAGAGCCACCUGGUACGGUGCGCCCACCGGCGCCGGCCCUGACGACAAUGGUGGCGCCUGCGGGUUCAAGAACGUGAACCUGCCGCCGUUCUCCGCGAUGACGUCGUGCGGCAAUCAGCCCCUGUUCAAAGAUGGAAAGGGAUGUGGCUCCUGCUACCAGAUACGGUGCCAGAAACACCCUGCCUGCUCCGGCAACCCCGAGACGGUGAUCAUCACUGACAUGAACUACUACCCCGUGUCCAAGUAUCACUUCGACCUCAGCGGCACGGCGUUCGGCGCCAUGGCCAAGCCCGGCCGCAACAACGAGCUCCGCCACGCCGGCAUCAUCGACAUCCAGUUCAAGAGAGUGCCCUGCAACUACCCGGGGCAGAAGGUGACGUUCCACGUGGAGGAGGGCUCGAACCCGGUCUACUUCGCGGUGCUCGUCGAGUUCGAAGACGGCGACGGCGACGUGGUGCAGGUGGACAUCAUGGAGGCCAACUCCGGCUACUGGACGCCGAUGCGCGAGUCCUGGGGAUCCAUCUGGAGGCUGGACGCCAACCAUAGGCUGCAGGCGCCCUUCUCGCUGCGCAUCACAAACGAGUCCGGCAGGAAGCUGGUGGCCAACCGGGUCAUCCCAGCCAACUGGGCGCCCAACAACUAUUACCGCUCCAUCAUUCAGUAUUAGCUCUGCUACUACAUGCGCUCUGAUUCGGUGUCAUUGGCUUCAUUGGAACUGUACUGUAUGUAAUUGCAUCAAUCUUCGGUGCAUAGGAUGUUGACAGAGUUAGGAGAUGAGGAAGCAAGUUUGGAUGUGCUUUCCCGCUCACUGUCAAUACAUGAACCAGUCUGAUCAAGGUUAUAAAUUACUCCUAUAUAUAUAUAAAGCAACUUCUCAGUGGCAUUCAGUA